AUGGCUCUAAUACAUGCUGAUCCUCUUCUCAGCUCCCAUAAAGACAUGGAGAGUGUAGAUAGAGAAGGAAAAUCUCGUAAUAUUUCCAUCAACAAGAAACACCUGCUUCUUGGAGGCAUUGCUGCUGGUGGAAUUUUAAUUGGCGUCAUUAUUGGCAUGAUUUGCGCCUUCGUUUUCAAAUCAAUGCCAGUUGUCAUCUCCAAUCAAUAUGAUACCCUUGAUAAUUGCAAUACUUAUUCAACAUUUUCUUGCAAAGGAAAUUCUGCUGAAAUGGAUUCAAAGUAUUUCCAGAACAAGUGGAAUACACCAAAGCACUGUGAAGAUCGUUGGAAACCAGGUUUCCAGGAUAGGUCAAAAUUAACUGGCUAUGCUCAGCUCAAAUAA